AUGGCCAAUCUAACUGAUCAAGAUCUUAUUUCAUUAAAUGCUCUAUUCGGUGAAACUUUUGAAAAAGCCCUUGAGAUUUUAGAGGGAAAUAAAAUAACUUAUUUUCAUUUAAAACAAACAAAUAUUGGAAUAUAUCAGGUUGAGGGUAGUUUGUGCAAGUCGUACAUGAUAUAUUCAUCUGUAAAUUAUUGCUCAUGUCCUUUUUACAAACAUCAAGUUGCAGAAGGUGCUCAAAUAAUUUGCAAACAUGUUUUAGCAUCAAUUCUUGCAGACAUUACUGGUAAAAGAUUGUCUAUUGAAACAACUGAUGAACAUCUAAGGGAUUUAAUCCUUGAAUCUGGUACAAUUUUGAAAGGUUGGAAUACCAAAGAUACAUGCAUGGAGCAAUACAUGUAUUCAUCACCUACAGCUCCUUUUAUGUUUCCCGAUUCAAAUAAUUGGUCACAUGUUCCCCCCCAAACUAUGCCAUGGGGAACGCCUGCAGAAUUACAACCGUCUGUUGUAAGAUUUACAGCGGGAAAUUUUAAUGGAUCUACUCUACUCUCGUGCAAAAGAAAAAGUGAACCACCUAUAGAUAUGCCUCCAGCUAAAAUGUUGGUCACUGAUGAAAAAAUGGCUGCUCACAUGCAAAGUCUUCACAUUUCAGAAAUUGAAAAUGAAAAAAUGCUUUCAAACAUGAGUUGUAAAGAUGAAUCCAUGGAAACUGAUUCAUUGCCUAAACUUAUUUUAAGCGAUGAAAUUAAAAAUUUAAAGACUGACAUGAUUUUUCCAGAAUCAGUUUUUAAAAGAUUGGAAAAACCAGAAAUGGCGCUUGUUCUAUGGCAGCCACCACUUAUUAGUGUAGAAAGUAAAUUAAACAAACUUAAUAAGUCGUGCAAAACUAAAAAUGAAGAGUCCGAUGAAAAAUCUACUGAUAAUAAUAAUAGUUUAAGAGAAAAAACAGAUGAUAAAUCAAUGGAUAUAACAAUGGAAGCUAAUAUAAUGAAUAAUAUCGAUAACACAUUUAGACCCAUAGAUCCAGUACCGAAACCAUCCACACCAACACAAUAUUAUCAACCAGUACCUCAUUUUCAAGGAUACACUUCAUUUUUUUAA